CGUCGUCAUUCGCUGUUUGUUUGGUGGCGUUGGUGUUGACUACUGUUGCUUCUGCGCUGUACGAAUGCUGGCUGCCCUUUGCACACCUCUCACCUCUUUUCUUCAAGGCUUCUUGCGGCACGACUACACACACACACACACGCGCGGAGAACAAGACACAGACUGUGCUGCGAUUGCAAAACCUGCGACUGCAUACACGCCCAUCACACACGCCGCCCGACGACCCUGGCUGCGUCUCACGACACGGACGAAUACUCAAUUCUCUCUCUCUUUCUCUCUCUCUCUCUCUCCCGCCAACUCGUCCCCGGUCUUUCCGUUUCUCGUCUCUCGUCCUCUCUGUCUCUGGUCUUUCGCUGAUCUCAUUCUCUGCUUCCAUCGACACUUCAGAUCAGUUCCACCCAUCACAUCACAUCACAUCACCAACCACACAAACAAGAAGGAGAACAAAAACACAUUGUACCUCCCUACAGAACCCUCAUUUGCUCUCUCUCUCUCUCUAACCGGCGUCCUUCUGUCGCCUCGCUCCGCCUCGCUUCGCCUCGCGCUCCGUUGUCCGUCGCACAAAACCCUCCCGCGCCCUGCCCUUGCUCUGCAUCUCCAAAGCCACAGCACGGGUCCUUCCUGUACUGGAAACUGUACUUUGCACACUGCGCCCGCCAUAUUCCUCCUAGUCCUGUGCUAAGCCGGCUCCUGCCUGUCUGUCUGUCUACCUUACAUAGGCACCCACCUACUACUUUACCUCGAGGUACCUUUUUCACCAACCAGCCGACCCAGUCUCAGCGCCAGCGUUAGCAGCGUCCGCCUGUGCCUUUCCCCUCUCCUCCACUGUCGGAGCCUCUCCAUUUCCACCUUCCGUGGGUCAGGCGUCGCUGUCAAGUACCUACUGAUUCAGCGUCGACGUCGGCCUCGUGGCUCGUGGCACUGGUCCGCCUUUUACCAACCCUCGCCCGCCCGCCCGCCCGCCCUGGUGACAAAUCCCCGCCAUUUACCUCGUCGAUUCCAACCUAUCUAGUCCCCUCCAACACCUUCCAUUCACAUAAAACACGACAAACCGAGAAGACGACGACGACGACGACAACAAACCACGACGACGACGAGGACCCCUUCGACUCGCCGUCGCUGCUGUCCAAACCGUCUAAUCUCCCACCGGGGACUCGGCUCCUCCCUCCCCUCCCCCUUGACCGAAGAAACCUACGAGUCCCUCGACCCGCCGACCGCUUGCUCGCCCUUCUCGCACAUCGUCGCCCGUCAUGAGGCCUGCCGCCCCCUCGAUAGAGAUCAUGGCUGCCCAGUCAGUCACUCCCGACUCCCGCUCGUCGUCGUCGACAAACUCGCCUCUCCCAGCCGACAACGAGGAGUCGGACUUUUUUAUCGCCGGCAACGACUCGCAGUCAUCGCUCGGCGUCCCUAACAUCGAGGACAUGCAGGUUAACGACGACCCGUGUCAGCCCGCCGUCAACCGCCUACCCAGCGAGAUCCUCAUCUCCAUCUUCGCCAAGCUCAACAGCACCUCCGACCUCUUCCACUGCAUGCUGACCUGCAAGCGCUGGGCAAAGAACUCGGUCGAUCUUCUAUGGCAUCGUCCCGCGUGCACAAACUGGAGGAACCACUCGUCCAUCUGCCAGACGUUGCAGCUUCCCACCCCCUUCUUCGCCUACCGCGACUUCAUCAAGCGCCUCAACUUGGCCGCCACCCCUCUCGCCGAUAAGAUCAGCGACGGCAGUGUCAUGCCCCUUGCCGUCUGCACUCGCGUCGAGCGACUCACCCUGACGCACUGCCGGAACCUCACCGACCAGGGCUUGACCAAGCUAGUGGAAAACAGCUCGUCCCUGCUCGCCCUCGACAUCUCGGGCGACGAGAACAUCACUGACGUGUCCAUCAUGACCAUCGCCGAGCACUGCAAGAGACUGCAGGGCCUGAACAUCUCCGGUUGCCGCCUCAUUACCAACGACAGUAUGAUCAAGCUGGCCGAGAACUGCCGCUACAUCAAGAGGCUCAAACUCAACGACUGCCACCAACUGCGAGACAAUGCAAUCCUGGCCUUUGCCGACAAUUGCCCGAACAUCCUCGAGAUCGACCUGCACCAGUGCGCACAGAUCGGAAACGAGCCCAUCACAGCCCUCGUUGCCAAGGGUCAGUCCCUCCGGGAACUCCGGCUGGCUGGCUGCGAACUCAUCGACGACCUGGCCUUUAUGAAUCUACCUUUGGGGAAGACCUACGACCACCUUCGCAUCCUGGACUUGACAUCGUGCGCUAGACUGACCGACCAGGCCGUGCAAAAAAUAAUCGACGCCGCCCCGCGUCUCCGGAACCUAGUCUUGGCCAAGUGUCGCAACAUCACCGACGUCGCCGUCAACGCCAUUGCGAAGCUCGGUAAGAACCUGCACUAUCUGCACCUGGGUCAUUGCGGCCACAUCACAGACGAGGCCGUCAAGCGGCUCGUUCAGGCCUGCAAUCGUAUAAGGUACAUCGAUCUUGGAUGCUGCACGAAUCUCACCGACGACUCGGUCACGAAGCUGGCACACCUUCCCAAGCUCAAGAGAAUCGGCCUCGUCAAGUGCAGCAACAUCACCGACGAGUCUGUGUUCGCCCUUGCCCAUGCCAACCGCCGGCCUCGCGCACGCCGGGAUGCGAAUGGCAACAUUGACGAGUACUACUCUUCCAGCCUAGAGAGGGUUCAUCUCAGUUACUGCACCAAUCUUACGCUCAAGAGUAUCAUUAAGUUGUUAAAUUGCUGCCCGCGUCUCACCCACCUCAGCCUGACGGGAGUUACCGCUUUCCUCAGAGAAGAGUUUAACGAGUUUUGUCGACCACCCCCACCUGAAUUCACGGAUCACCAGCGAGGCGUGUUUUGCGUCUUCUCCGGAGCCGGCGUUUCGAGACUCCGCGAAUACCUCAACUCAUCCGCCGAAUAUGAGGGCUUGCGCGACUCUCCUGCGCGGUUCCCCGGCCUGCCGGCAUUUGGCGCUCGGCGUCCGGCGGACCCUCGUAAUGCCGCCGCUGGAAGUGCUGAACAAGCCAAUGGAGAUGCCGAAGUUGACGACGCCGAGGCGCUGGAGGAUGACGAGUUCGAGGGUCUGGACGGCAGCGAGAUGGCAGUAGACGGUCAGCCUCUCUUGGCGCAGAACCUGGUCAAUGGCAACGCCCAAAACGGCGUCCCCCCGCCUCCGCCGAACCACGCGCCUCCGGCCGGCGCCGUGCCAAUGUUCGCGCAACCUUUGGGACAGGCCCCGUUAUUGUUCAGCCCCAUCAGUCCGGCCUUCCCUCAGUCGGCUCACUCCCCCACCACAGGUGGCCCGUCCAGCCAUGCGCCACCUCUGGUUGUGUCUAGCCACUACUCCCCGACGAGUCCAGGGCCGAGUACAUCGACAGCGAACGCUCUCUCGCCCCAAGGAACGAAUCUUGGCUUCCCGGCAUACACAAGCAGAAGGCCUGCAUCUCUAGGUGCCAGCACUGCGUCGAUGGAGGCUUCAAUGCUUAGCCCGGCUACCCAUCGCAGUCGCCGAGCAAGUGUCAUCUCGAUGGAGGCGUCGAUGCUAGGGCCCGCUGAUCCGGAAAUGAAUGAGCAGUCGACGCCGAAUGGACAGCAACAGCACUCGUAAACCUGAAGAUGGAAAAUGGGAGGCUCAACCCCGCCCAGAGAGUUGUUGGGGAUUAUGAUACGCUUGGCAUGAGAUACGCAACUACAAUAUACCCAGGAGCGCGCGGGAAACACGGGGGGGAAAGGAUUGGUACAGACAAAUGGAUCGCUUGCCACGUUUAAACCUUUUGCUGGGCCACUUUGGCCAGAUGGAGCCCUUUUCGACAUGGUUUGGCAUUGGAAGACACGGGAGAGAAUGAGUGCAGCAAAGCAUAUCUUGGAGGCGUUGACGACUUUGCUUGGUUUUGGCCGUUGGACUGUUUUCAUUUGGCUUCUUUCGAUUCUUGACACGGCAUAGGCCAACCCGGCCCUCUCUAGGCCUUCACUUUUCUCUACUUUUAUCUUCUCGUCAUUAUGCGGCGGUAGACUUGAGGGUUUAUUACUUUGCCUCGUCAAUGAUUUCGAGUUUGGUAGCUCUGAUGUAGCAUCAGCUGAAGGUCACGGUAUCAGAUAGCAAUCAGGCAUUGAUGAGGAAACAUGAUGACUAGCAUCGGCCAUGGUGAGUGUUGGCAGUAGAAACGGCGCGGGCUCGUACGGAACACUGGGCAGCUGCGGUGACGAAAAGCGUAUGUGACUGUUCACGACCUUCCUUGUAGGCCUUGUUAAAAGCUCUUGUAUUAUCUGAUCUAAUGAUCAUUCGUUCCAGCCUUUUUGAUGCGUUGUGUGUAUGUGUGCGUGUGUGAUGGAUGCACUGGGCGGGCCAAGCCGGCAACCCUCUAGGCCUUUGCGAUGCUUGCUUGCUAGUCUAGUACCCAGGUAGUCUACUAAUCGUUAGUUGGCAUCGAGAUACCACUGAUUCCUCCAAGAUGCUCAUGUGACCCUAGUCACCAUCACCCCCCU